AUGAUCAUCACAGACAUGAGACCACUGUCAAUGGUUGAGGACGAAGGCUUCACGGCAAUGAUCCGCACCUUUCAUCCAGGUUACACUCUUCCCUCAAGGACACAUUUUACAAAGCUCAUGGGGAAAAUAUAUGAAGAGACUUUCAAGGAAGUGAAGACCGCAAUUAACACAAACAGCAGCAAACUUGCUCUCACUGCUGAUAUAUGGACAAGUGUUGCCAAUGAAGCGUACCUUGGGGUCACCUGCCACUACAUCACAGAGGACUGGGACAUGCAGUCAGUCUGCCUCACCACCAUGCCACUGCAGGAUAGACAUACUGCAUCUAACAUUGCAGAGUGGUUGGAGGAGCUCACCUAUGACAAAUGGGUUAAGAAUUUGUCAGACAGAGAGCUCACUCCAGCCGAGCGGGGGGUCCUUGCCAAAGGACUGAACUUUGCAGUCACACCAGAUGAGUUACCGGUGGUGGACUUGGUGACGGCCACAGAAUCGGCCAUUAGGAACAAUAGGUUGUCAGAGACAGAGGCGGAACAGAUCAGGCUUAAGGUGUCGGCAGCACUCUCCAGCGCCAAGUUACCCCCGUCCAACAUCUCCGCACAGGAGAAACGGGCACUGACAACUCUGCAGAAGGAUCCCAACAUCACAAUCCUACCUGCAGAUAAGGGGAGAUGUACUGUUAUCCUUAACACAGCUGACUAUCACUCAAAGGUCAGCAGCCUCCUAUGUGACUCAGCAACUUAUGAGACCCUAAAACGAGACCCCACCAACACCUACAAACUCAAAGUGGUUAACUGCCUGCAAAAACUGGAGAAAAGUCAGAUCAUCGACCGGGCCCUGUACUACAAACUCUAUCCAGGCGAUGCUAUCCCUUGCAUAUACGGACUGCCAAAAAUUCACAAAGAGGGCGCCCCUCUGAGACCAAUUGUAAGCAGCAUCAACUCUGUGACAUACAACAUUGCUAAGUAUCUUGCCACCAUCCUUUCCCCAUUGGUGGGGGACACCCCCCACCACAUAAGGAACUCGAUGGACUUUACAAACAAGGUCAGAAAAAUCAGCUUAGACCCUGAGGAAACUAUGGUUUCAUAUGACGUGACUUCGCUUUUUACUUGCAUUCCCACUGGAGAUGCAAUACAGACAGUAAAGAGAAAACUGCUGCUUGACAACUCUCUGUCUGAGAGGACCAACCUCUCCCCCGAACAGGUGUGUGACCUCCUUAACCUUUGCCUCAGCACCACUUAUUUCCAGUACAACAAUGGUUUCUACAGGCAAAAACACGGCUGUGCCAUGGGAUCCCCUGUAUCCCCCAUUGUAGCUAACCUGUACAUGGAAGAAAUGGAGAUUGUGGCACUGAGAACAUUCAGUGGCCACUCCCCGAGGCACUGGUUCAGAUAUGUGGAUGACACAUGGGUCACCAUCAGGAAGGGUGAGGUCGAACCUUUCACAGAACACCUCAACUCGGUGGAUAAAAACAUCAAGUUCACAAGAGAGGAUGUCCAAGACAACUGUCUGGCGUUUCUAGAUUGCGUGGUACGCAUUGAAACCAAUGGGGAACUCAACAUUGAGGUCUACAGAAAACCCACUCACACAGACCAGUACCUCCUGUUUGAUUCACACCACCCACUAGAACACAAGUUGGGGGUGAUCCGUACCCUAAAGCACAGAGCACAGAACAUCCCAUCAGAAGCGGAUGGAAAAAGAAGGGAACACAAACAUAUUCACUCUGCUCUUCAAACUUGUGGCUAUCCAAACUGGGCUUUUAUCAAAACAGCAAAAAAGCGCAGGGAGGAUAAGAAAGACGAGGACCACAAAAAGAGAAACAACAUUGUCAUCCCCUAUGUGGCAGGAAUUUCAGAGAAACUCAGGAGGAUCUUUAACACCCACCAGAUCCCAGUACACUUCAAGCCCAGCAACACUCUGAGGCAAAAGCUGGUCCAUCCCAAGGACAAAAUUCCAAGGGAGAAACAGAGCAAUGUGGUGUACGCAGUGCAGUGCAAUGAGGAAUGCUCUGACCUGUACAUUGGAGAGACUAAGCAGCCAUUACACAAGCGCAUGGCACAACACAGGAGGGCCACGACCACAGGCCAGGACUCAGCAGUCCACCUCCACCUCAAGGAGAAGGGGCACUCCUUUGAUGACCACAAGGUGCGCAUUCUAGCCAGAGAGGACAGAUGGUUUGAGAGAGGGGUAAAAGAAGCCAUUCAUGUCAAACUAGAACGGCCAUCUUUGAACAGAGGAGGGGGCCUCAGACACCACUUGUCUCCCACUUACAACGCC